AUGUCAAGCCUGAUGCGCUCUCUCGAGUUUAUUCCUCAGAUGACUCUGAAGAAGAUCCGGCUCCUAUCCUUCCCCCCACCUGCACAGUGGGAGUGGUCACCUGGGAUCGAGGACCUUAUUCGCCAAGCACAGCAAAAGGAACCUGCCCCUGAACACUGUCCAUCAGGUAAAAUGUACGUACCCUUAUCGGUUCGAUCCCGUUUCCUCCAGUGGAUACACGCUUCAAAGUUUUCUGGCCACCCUGGCAUCAGUCGCACCAUUGGGCUAAUAAAUCGGAGGUUCUGGUGGGAAUCGGCCUCCUUCAGCCACUACCCAUACCCCGACGACCCUGGUCCCACAUCGCGGUCGACUUUGUCACUGGACUACCUACCUCUAAAGGAGAUCCUCUCAGAUCGUGGUCCCCAGUUUGUCUCUCAGGUUUGGCGCCAAUUCUGUUCUGCCUUGGAGGCCAAGGUGAUGCUCACUUCUGGUUACCAUCCUCAAACCAACGGACAGACAGAGCGCAUGAAUCAAGAACUAGAAGCUACCCUGCGGUGCCUGACCUCCACCAAUCCUGACGACUGGGCCCAGUACCUUCCCUGGGUUGAGUAUGCGCACAACAGUCACAUCUCUGCAGCCACAGGUCUUUCUCCUUUUGAAAUAGUGCUGGGUUACCAGCCACCACUCCUGCCCUCUGAUGAAACGACAAUCUCUGUUACCUCUGUUCAACACCACAUUCGUAAAAGUCGAAAGAUCUGGAAAGACACCAUAGAUGCGCUCACCAACACCACUGCACGCAAUAAACGCCUGGCGGACCGCAGGAGGACUCCUGCUCCUAAUUACACCAUAGGUCAAAAGGUGUGGUUGUCUACACGCGACAUCCCCCUCAAGGCGAUGUCCAAAAAGUUGUCUCCCAAGUUCAUAGGCCCUUUCGAGGUGUCGUCAGUUAUCAGCCCAUCUGCCGUACGUCUUCGUCUUCCUCCGUCCCUGCGCAUUCACCCAACCUUUCAUGUGUCCCAGAUUAAGCCUGUCCUUUCUAGUGACCUUUGCCCUCCGGCCGAACCCCCUCCUCCCGCCCGUAUCGUCGAUGGCCAUCCGGCCUUCUCCGUCCGCCGGGUCGUCGCCUCCCGGCGGCGGGGUCGGGGUUUCCAGUACCUCGUUGACUGGGAGGGUUAUGGUCCAGAGGAACGCUCCUGGGUGCCUGGAUCGUUUAUUUUGGAUCCCUCCCUCAUUAGAGACUUUUGGGACUCCCAGCCCUCCUCUUCUGCUCGGCCGCCGGGUGGCGUCCAUUGAGGGGGGGGUACUGUCAGGGUCUGUGUUUUUGUUUCUUUUAGUUUUUCCUUUUUUUUGUUGUGUCUCCCUGGAGCACCUGCUGCUUCUCAUGGCAUCCACCAGGUGCCGCUAGGAUGCAGAGCCCCUGGAGUUGUGCCAUGUCAACCCCGUCGACACACCUGCAGCUUGUUCGGAGGGCUCAGCCUGGGUGUUUUAUAGGAGCGGCGGAACGACUCCUCUCCGCCUGAGUGUUUUGUUUACCUCGGUAACGAUCGUUACAUGAUAGGCCCCCCGAGAUCUACGUCGAUUUAACCUCUGUUUUUUUCUCACAUUAGGUGAACCCGCCGUCUCCCUGUUGAUUCCCUGAGUGGGCCGUCUGCCCCGGAACCCUUAGCCUCCAGAUUUACUCGGUCGCCUCGGACGCCUCUCCAGGAAAGCAGGACUCCCUGACCGAGCUUGGAUCCACCUGGAGGUGCCUUGGCCUGGGCCUUGACGAAUCUCGUUCUGAUCGCUCUGCCUGUCCGGCCUCCCACCAGCCCAGUUCUCCAGUGCUCUGCCAGCCGUCAUACUCACACCCUCCAAAGUAAGAUCCAAUCUGUUUAUCCCGGAGAGUCUCUCCUACCCGCUAACUAACCCGAACCAUCUCAUUGACAGUCUGACGAACCGGUGACCCGUUCCAGAAACCAUCCCUCUUUCCUUUUCCCUCAAACUCAAUAAAUCAUCAUUGUUCAUUAA